ACACAUACCUUCACUUUCCUGCAUCUUCCAACUCUCUGCAAUUGGAAUUGAGGGUUAUGAAAGGAGACUAGAAAUUUCCUUUCUUCAAUCCGCUGUUUGCACUACUGUUCACACAAAUUGCAGAUCUCCAUGCUAUCAUCCAACUGCAACGAAUUGCACACGCGAUGCUCCACGCACUGCCCUAGGUUGUUUCACAUCGGCGACGACGCUUGGUUUAACUGUGCUUCCAAUCAAGUAGCUCAAGUUCUGUUGACAUUGCCCUACUCGUUCUCUCAGCUGGGUAUGCUCUCUGGAAUUCUGUUUCAGGUUUUCUAUGGUCUUGUUGGUAGCUGGACAGCUUACCUCAUCAGUGUUCUGUACAUUGAGUACAGAACUAGAAAGGAGAAAGAAAAUGUUAAUUUCAAGAACCAUGUCAUUCAGUGGUUUGAAGUGCUAGAUGGGUUGUUGGGUCCUUACUGGAAAGCAGUGGGUCUUGCCUUCAACUGUACUUUUCUUUUAUUUGGAUCUGUAAUACAGCUUAUUGCAUAUGCAAGUAACAUAUACUAUAUCAAUGACAAAUUGGACAAGAGGACAUGGACAUACAUAUUUGGAGCUUGCUGUGCAACCACUGUGUUCAUACCAUCUUUCCACAACUACAGGAUUUGGUCUUUUCUAGGCCUUGGCAUGACCACAUACACUGCUUGGUACAUGACCAUUGCAGCUCUUGUUCAUGGCCAGAAGGAUGGUGCGACACACUCGGCUCCGACAAAGCUGGUACUGUAUUUCACCGGAGCCACUAAUAUACUAUACACCUUCGGUGGACAUGCUGUCACAGUAGAAAUUAUGCAUGCAAUGGCGUCAACAUUUCCGGCCGUUUCUCGACCAUAGACCUGACACACCUGGCUGCCAACACCACCAUCACCGCCACUUACCAGCACCACCUUCACGCCCAAGGGACAGAAAUCAUCACAUUCCUUACGU